AUGAAACCUUCAUACUCGAGGAAGGAGCUCGUCUCGGAGCUCACACCUUACUAUGAAUUCCUCACACAGCUCUUCCUACCGCCAGAGGUCGUCCAACAGCCUCCCGAGGGCGGCUGGGAGCACAUCACGCCCGGCUUCGUCAAGUCUUUCUGCCUCGGCAAGAACGACACCGUGGCGGACCUGAUGAAGCAUAUUCCCUACGUCAGCCGUACCAAGGAGGACCACUGGGAGCCGUGGAUGGUCUACGAGGGCGCCACCGCUGUCGAUUUCACCGGUGACGUCGUCCUGAGCCUGCCCACCAAGUACGCCGACGAGUGGCUCUUCGAGCCCGAUGAGGGCAACAUAUCGACCGCACCCCUUCCGCCCCAUCAAGCACCGGAUGAAGAAGCCUGGCGCAGAUUUCAAACCUACACGUUUCAUGAGUUUUUCGCCAUGGCCAAGGAAAAGUUCAAAAAGUUCGAGAUGACUGCCAUGAAUAGAAAACACGUACAUCAUACAACCCGGGACACGCCGCAGGCGCAGAUAUACCGCGAGGAGGGCGUUUUCACAGAACGGUAUGACAGGGAGAGGUGUAUGAACAGGCUGGACGAGUACCAGGAGCAGAAGGACCGGGAGAAUCGGCAGAAUCGGGGGGAGGAAGAGCCGCCGAUGCCUCCACCUUAAUAUCGCCACCGCCCGAUAGGUGAUUCAGACCUCCAAGAAGCAAACUUGCAUAGGCGAUAAUUAGUCCAAAGUACCUGGUAGUGUUGUCGCUAAAUUAUUGUGAUAGAAGGAAGAAAACAGAAGCGUACGACAGGAAGCAUAACCACCCCGAAGGCGUGACCGCGACAGACUUCCGUUGCUGUUUGAGAUCGUUUUGUAUCGGAACUUUGGACCAAUGUUGGGCAACAAAGUGGUCCUUGGGCUCGAGGCACAUAUCUACGGUCGACUCAUCCUGAUCUUCAACGAAACAGGCCACUGCAUCUCCGAUGGUCAUCAGAGAAUCUUCGUCGCCCAUUCCGAGGGCGACGAAGAGCAUCAAGGCGGCUUUGUCAAACUUGAAAGCCGUCACAGUCCAGCAGAGUGUGCUGCUGAAGAGAAGCUUGCAGUGCUCUUCAGUCUUUUGGCUGCAAGAUUCCCUGACGCUGGCGAU